AUCUCUCCUUCCCUUCCCUUUUAAUUAUUUUCUUCCGCGCCAUUACUCAUCUUCUUCUCUCCUGAGAUGAUGCCCCCUGAGCAAAAAACUACCACUACUACCGCCGGCAGCAGUCCGCCUAACAUGCCACUCACAAACCGCUCCGGCUCCGAGAACUCUUCGGUCCACGCCGACCCUUCCGGUUGUACAAGUACCUCUCAUGUCACCCCUCGUUUGGAACAUCAGACGCCGGAGAAACGGCCAGCCAUUCUCCAGAAAUCCUUACGCCCCAUUACACUUAUGUUUGACGACGUGGCAUAUAGUAUAAGCCUGCGGGCUGUGCUAAACGGCGUUAGUGGGGUGGUUAGACCCGGCGAGCUUCUGGCAAUGUUGGGUCCGUCAGGCAGCGGCAAGACCACCCUUCUAACCGCCCUGGCCGGCAGGUUUCCCGGCAAGGUCUCCGGCACAAUAACAUACAACGGCCAGCCUUUCUCUAGCUCCAUGAAGCGCAUGACUGGUUUCGUUACCCAGGAUGACGUGUUAUACCCUCAUCUGACUGUGCUGGAGACUUUAACCUAUGCUGCUUUGUUAAGGUUGCCUAAAGAGCUUUCCAGGCAAGAGAAAGUUGAGCUGGCUGAGAUGGUCGUCGUGGACCUUGGACUUACACGGUGUCGUAAUAGUGUUGUGGGCGGGACCCUCCUUAGGGGUGUUUCGGGUGGGGAACGGAAACGGGUCAGUAUCGGGCAGGAGAUGCUGGUCAACCCGAGCCUCUUGUUGCUCGAUGAGCCCACUUCCGGGCUCGACUCCACCACCGCUCAGCGUAUCGUCGCCACUUUGCGAGGGCUCGCCCGGGGCGGCCGUACGGUGAUCACCACCAUUCAUCAGCCUUCCAGCCGCUUGUAUAGGAUGUUCGACAAGGUCGUGGUGCUAUCUGACGGGUGCCCCAUUUACAGCGGGCAUGCGAGUCGGGUCAUGGGGUAUUUCGAGUCUAUUGGAUAUGCACCCGGGUUCAAUUUCGUCAACCCAGCUGAUUUUCUGCUCGAUCUUGCCAACGGUAUAGCUCCUGAUAUCAGGCAGGAUGAUCAGGUGGAGUUUGAUGGAAGAUUAGACGACCAUGAUGAUCAGAAUUCAAUCAAACAAUCCUUGGUUUCAUCCUACAAAAAGAACUUAUAUCCUGCCUUGAAGGCUGAGAUUCACAGGAAUGUAAGCGACCCAGUUCUCUCAACAUCAUCCAGAAUAAAUUGUGAGAACCAAUGGAGCACCACCUGGUGGGAUCAAUUUAUGGUGUUGCUAAGAAGGGGUUUACAAGAGAGAAAGCAUGAAUCUUAUUCUGGUCUCAGGAUUUUCCAGGUCAUGUCUGUCUCACUUCUUUCCGGCCUGUUAUGGUGGAAAUCUGACACUUCUCACAUUCAAGAUCAGGUUGGACUUCUCUUCUUCUUCGCCAUCUUCUGGGGUUUUUUCCCACUAUUCAACGCCAUAUUCGCAUUCCCUCUGGAGCGACCGAUGCUAAUAAAAGAACGUUCCUCCGGCAUGUACCGCCUCUCCUCCUACUACUUUGCUAGAAUGGCGGGCGACUUGCCGAUGGAGCUCGUGCUCCCGACAAUCUUCGUGACAAUAACUUACUGGAUGGGCGGUCUAAAGCCUUCACUCGCCACGUAUCUCCAGACCCUGUUGAUCAUCCUUUUCAACGUGCUAGUCUCCCAGGGGCUCGGCCUUGCGCUGGGCGCGAUCCUGAUGGACGUAAAGCAGGCGACAACUCUGGCGUCGGUGACGAUGCUUGUGUUCUUGCUGGCCGGCGGCUACUACAUCCAGCACAUACCAUGUUUCAUUGCUUGGUUGAAGUACAUAUCUUUUAGCCACUACUGUUACAAGCUUCUUGUCGGGGUGCAGUACACGGCGAACGAGGUUUAUGUUUGUGGGUUAGGGGUGCCCUGUCGGGUGCGGGAUUUUGCUGCGAUUAAGUAUCUGGGUGUUGAUAAUAUGUGGUUGGAUGUGGCUCCUUUGAUCGUGAUGUUUGUGGGUUACAGGGUUUUGGCCUACUUGGCUUUGAGGAUGGGACACCCUCGCUGACUGCUCGAGUUUGAUUGAAUUGAGAUCUUGUGGGCUCGCCGGGGAAAAAUCAUUGUAAAUUUAGAUUCAAAUCAUGCUGAUGGGAUUUUCCCAGUUCUUUCUAAACCAGAAAGUGAAAAAGAAAGCAAGAUAUGAGAUGUGGCUGUACUGAAUAUGAUCAUGAUCAUCACUUUCCAUGUACUGGGGAACUGAUCGAGGCCAAUUUUCUGCUUCAAUCUUCAUUAUUAUGUGAAUUUUAUGAUUAUUAUUGUUUUAA